AUUGCCAUUCUGUAGUUUUCAGCUCACAGACUGAGAGAAAAAGGAUAAAAUCCCUUUUGUGACUGAAAAGACAUGGAUGGCAGCGGCCUAUCUCUCUCUCUCUCUCUACAGCCUCAUCAGCUCAAUGUAAGGCUCAAAUUCACCCAAGGAAACAUGGCCCCAACAAGACUGUCUUAGAGAGUUACAAAGGCCGACCAUGAAGAAAAAGCUAGAGCUUGGAGACGACCAUGACCUCGAAAUCCUCAAGGCAGUGGCUCAAGCGUGGCACGGCCACUCCGGCAACUCUAGACCAACGAAUGAGUUCGACGCCCACCGGAGAAAUUUCAAAGGCAACCCUUCUCGGUUCAAGCUACAGGCAAUGAUGAUGAUGAGCAGAGCAUCUGGUAAAGACAGCAAGAUUGCAAGAUGGGACUUCGGGCAAUCGUUAUGCGACUCUUACGAGAUUGUCACCUUGUCCAGGCAGUUGGAGGCAGGGCUGCUGUCGGAUGAUCCGUUUACUGGGUCGGAUAGUCCGAGUCGGGUCCAUAGGAGGCGCAGGGAGAGCAGGCAUAGCCUUAGGAAUUUGUUUAAUCAGAUUUCUUCAAGGAGAUAUAAUGAGGAUGAUAUUCCUAAAGGCUAAAUUAAGGAUGAUUUGUUUUGAUCCAUAUUUUGAUUAGUGUAGCCUCGAU